GGUGACGACAGUGGCGGAGAAGACCCGGAGAGGCUCUGCGUUGUGGAGUGGCGCUCCUCGGGCUGGUGGCGGACUGCAGGCUGCUGGCGCCGCGGCUGAGGAGAACGGCGAGUGGGUUCGGCAUUUCCCGUUGGGGUCUCCGCAACGAUGAGUGCUGCCAGAGAGUCCCAUCCGCACGGGGUGAAGCGUUCAGCCUCCCCAGACGACGAUCUUGGAUCUAGCAAUUGGGAGGCAGCAGACUUAGGUAAUGAAGAAAGAAAACAAAAGUUCUUGAGACUUAUGGGUGCAGGAAAGGCCUCUCACCGUCGUGGCCUCUCCCGUUGGGGAGCACAGGUUCCGGACACGCAGGCUCAGCGGCCAUGGCUCACGGGCCCAGCCGCUCCGCGGCAUGUGGGAUCUUCCCUGACCGGGGCACGACCCGACGUAGGGGACUCCCAACCACUGCGCCACCAGAAAGAACAUACUGGUCGUCUUGUUAUAGGAGAUCACAAAUCCACAUCUCACUUCCGAACAGGGGAAGAAGACAAGAAAAUUAACGAAGAACUGGAGUCUCAAUAUCAACAAAGCAUGGACAGUAAAUUAUCAGGAAGAUAUCGACGACAUUGUGGACUUGGCUUCAGUGAGGUAGAUGAUCAUGAUGGAGAAGGUGAUGUGGCUGGAGAUGAUGAUGAUGAUGAUGAUUCACCUGAUCCUGAAAGUCCAGAUGACUCUGAAAGUGAUUCAGAGUCAGAGAAAGAAGAAUCUGCUGAAGAACUCCAAGCUACUGAGCACCCUGAUGAAGUGGAGGAUCCCAAAAACAAAAAAGAUGCAAAAAGCAACUAUAAGAUGAUGUUUGUUAAAUCCAGUGGUUCAUAACUCCCAAACACUUAGUCUUUGUAUUAAAAGUAAGCCUUAUUGUUAUAAUGCACAGUGGAGGACUGCUUAUAGAGCACAGACCUUUGUAUUAUAAUUUUUAAAAAGGCCCUUUUAAAUAAUUACAAAGAGUGUUUGCUUUCAGAUGCCAUGGGUUACACUUUUAUGGGCAUGACUAUAACCAUUUUUGUAAACAGUAAGAGUUGUAUAAAAUAAGAAAUAAAUACAAUACUCAACUUCCUUUCAUGUUAGCAUCAUCAAACUUCUAAUACUACCUUUUUACCCCUUCAAAUACAGUUACGGGGGAAACAGUAUUUUUUGUGUGGUAGCUGUUUAUCUUUUUUUGUUCCUUCAUGUUUCUCUCUUAUAAAAGUUUAUCUGGUACUGUGAUGUGUUCAUAAAAAUAUUCUUUUAUUAUACUCUCUUAUAGUAGAACUAUUCACCAUGGAUAUUUCUGCUGCCAGUAACAAUCUAAAUUAAUGCUGGCAAAAGAUUAGGUACUUAGUUUACUCUUACUGAAUCAGCUCUACUCUUUUGGACCAAAGGAACAUGAGAGCAAAUACUUUUCACACCGGUUAGGAUGGAGUUGCAGUUGUCAUAUAUUUGGAAUGUUAUGAUCCCAAGCAGUCUUCACAUAAUUUGAAUGACACUGUACGUUAGAUUUUUGAUAAAAUUGGCCAGUUUUUACAGAAGAAAUUUUUUCUCUGAUCAUUUGGUCCUAUCUAUUUAGGAAUAUGUAAAACUGGAUUUUUUUUUUUAAGGUAAUAUGUGACCAAAGUUAAUUUUCUUCCUAACACCUAAAUAAAGAGAAAGCAGUUUCUCAUA